UAAGGCCUACAUUUUAAUCACUGAGGACUCUGAGAACCAAAACAUCUAUUUAGCAGAAGAAAACAAAACGCAGAUAGAAGCAGGGGAGGCUAAGCCAGGCAAAAAAAGAGAAUAUGGAAAGAAAAUAACCUAAAUGUGAAAAUGGGCAGCUAAAAACAUAAAAUAGUAAAUAUCUAACAGGUGGAAUGUUAACCGAAACCAGAACCAGAGUAUGAAACUUUGAAGCAGGAAACGUGGCUUAACCAGGGUACUUCAUAGACAGUUCAUUAUUUUCCAACUUACACUGGAAACAUAUCAACACACGUAAAGACACUGCCUGUCAACCAAUCAGUGAGCUGUUAAACAAAAAAAAUCAAGUAUGAACAGUGUUUCCUGUGCUCCUCCUUCCUGAUUUCUGCAACUUUCACUCUGAUGAGCUGCACACACAGGUGGAGGAAAUAUGUUCUAAGCUGACAUGGCAGCUCAUCUAGGAGUGACAUGCCUUUCUGUUUACCUCACAGCAGUUCUGCUGUGUUAUGUUUGUGCAAAUAAGGAAAAGAACAUUUUCAAAGCAAGAGAGAGAACAAACAUCACAUUGCAGACAGGAGAACAUCAGCACAAUGCCCAGGCUGUGUGGAUAUUUGGAGCUGAAAACCCAAACAUCCGAAUAGCCACAAUAAAGAGGAGCGGGGAAGUGAAAAGUGACUAUGAAGAGCAUUUCAGAGGCAGACUUCUUCUUAACCGACACACUGGAGAUCUGACUAUCACACAAGUGAAGACAAGUGACUCAGGCAUAUACCAGUUCCAGUCUAUCGGAACCAAAAUCAUUACCAGGGACAUUCAUCUUAUUGUCUACAGUUUGGUCCCUGCUCCAUUCAUUACAACCACGUUAACGGUCAUUAACAGCAGCUUCACUUCAGUCACUGUGGAAUGCUCAGUCCUCAACAGCAGAGAUCUGAUGCUCUCUUGGUACAGAGGGACUGUGAGACUGAUGAAGACAAGCAGUCCCAAACUGUCCUCUAAGCUGAAUCUUUCUCUGGAGGUAGACGUCGCUGAUGGAGACAACUACAGCUGUGUGGCCGAAAACCCUGUUGAAAGAAAGACCACAGAACUGCUUGGAAAAGACAUUCAGCUAGGAAAUGCAGAGAAUAGCAGCUGGUGUCAGAAUGAAGCCACCAUUAGGCUGCUUAUUUCUGUUGGAGUUGGCUUGGUUUUGCUUCUUCUUCUGGUGGACCACAUCAGACUCUGAGGAUGAGCCAUGGGCUGCAUACUCAGGGAACCCCAACACUUACUGACUCUUACACUUUUCUACAUUCUGGAGCAAUACAUGACAGAGACAAUACAUGCAUGCCAAUUCUUAGUGAAGAACCAAGUGAUUCUUCCAACAACUACAACAGUGGACUCUCCAUUGAGUGUGGUAGGUUGUAAAGAGGUCAUUAAGACUUUUCAUUUUCUUGGUCUUUAUGCUGUUUUCAUGUUUGUCCUUGGAAAAAAACAGAAACCUUGAACUCUACCUGUAUGUUUGUUUCCAUUUUGGGUCCAUUUCAACCAUGAACCACAGCAGGUCUGCUUCUCUUCUUCUCAACCUAAUUGGAAUUGUUGUCCACUCUUCCCCACCCUUUGUGUCAGGUUUUUUUUUUUUUGGAAUCUCUUUUGCAAUCUAUUUUAGCAUCAUGUGUGAUCAGCAUUUUGAUAACCAUCUGUCACAUAGUGCGAAGUUUAGUGUUGGUGAGAGUUCAUAAAACCAUAUAAAGAAGUGCAAACUAUAUGGAGUUAGGUCUGUUUAAUAUGUCAAAGUGUAAAGGGUGUCAUAUGUCCAAACUCUACUGAAGUGAAAAAGGUAAAUGUAGGUUAGAGGAAAUGUAUUUGUAUUUGUACAGAGAACCUACUUGAAAACCGUUCAUAUUUCUGUAAAAAUGAGCAAAUGAUAUUGAAGCUUUAUUGUUUUCUGGCAUAUGGAGAAAAUAUGAUCUGUAAUUAAAUCAGUAAAAAUUA